AUGUCGAGCCCUCCCCCUCAAAAGCGUCAAAGGCAGUCACCCACCACGUCGCCCAAUACUGCCAACAAAGAGGUACCGGCGCCUCAGACACCGCUGGCACCCAAGCCAAAUGUCGAACUUCUGCAACCUCCAUCGUCCGGGUUGACUCCUAAUCCACGCAAACGAAGGGCUUCGCACAGUCCGAAAUUGAAUACUCUCCCUCCAGGAACGACGCUGCCAAUCACGACGACGCCGGCAUCAACGGCACCGAGUGUAUCUAUUCCUGCGUUGCUAACAGAGGAUACCACCAAGAAACGUGGUCGAACCAAUACUCCGUGGACUCAAGCAGAGGAGCAGCGGCUGAAGCACAUGCGUGAUGCCGGUCACAGCUGGAGUGAAAUUGCAAAGCAAUUCCCUAAUCGGACGGAAGGCAGUGUCAAGAAGCAUUGGUACAAGGACAUGCACUAUGCCGAUUUCGCUGAAGAUGAGUCGGCCGCUCUUCGUGAAGCCAUCAAAGAAUACGAAUCCAACAAGUGGAAAGCUAUCGGCCAGAAGCUAGGGAAACCAGCAAAAGCAUGCGAACAAUAUGCAAGAGAUCAUUUUAGAAAUGGUUGA